AUGAGCCCUGCCUAUGAAACUUUUGUUAUUUUUUCCCUCCACCAACUUCAGUUGUUCCCACAAAGCUGAUGACAGAGAACGACUUUUAGUUUCUCAGGGAAUAGCAUCAUACAAUUCAGUAAUCACUGGUUGUUGAGCUCCACAAAGAUUUUUAAUCCCCCCAAAGAGAAGAUCUUAAGCACUUUGCACUGUCCCUGAAAACCUCGGCUUCCUAAAAAAAAUACUUAAGUUUCUGCUUUCCCGUUGCCAUGGAGAAGGUGCAGUACAUGACCCGCUCUGCUCUGAGGAGAGCCUCAACUAUUGAGGUGAACCCACAAACACGCCAAAGGCUUCAGGAGCUCUUUGUAAAUUUUUGCCUUAUCUUAAUAUGCCUCUUGCUUAUCUGCAUCAUUGUGAUGCUUCUCUGAAGUCCAGCAUAUUUGAUUGAUCUUCACUGCACUAUGCAAUGGAAAAAGCACAUCAAAGGGGGAAAAGAACCAAGCGAGAAUCUUCCAGAAUGAGGAAAUGCUUGCAAGAAAAUCUAGCAUUUGGACUAAGCAACUUUUCAUCAGCAGCACGGUCCACUUAUUAGCCACUGUUAAAAGCACCUGUAAUGGACAGCAAUUUGACACCUACUGUCACAAAGCUAUGCAUGAGCUAAACCUUACUUGCCCUGCUAAAAAGGAAGUUUUCUGAGGAAAUUGCUGUCUAGAGUGUUUGUUUUGUUUUGCUGAAUUGAUGUGUUAGUAAAAACAGCUAUAAAAUGUUGAACAGAAAUUUUAAACCUUUGGUGCCAGAUUAUCUAAGUAUCAUUGCCAAUCAAGUUUUAACUGUUGGAUAAAGUUCUGAAUAAUGUAUACGCUGAGGUCUGUCCUGAAUAAGCUAUUAAUAGGUAUACUGUACUUAGAUCAUUAUAUAGUCUAGAAAAACUCUUCAGCAAUCUGUUUUAAAAGUGUGGCUAUCUUGACUGUAAAUUCAAGCUGUUAACAAUUUUAUUCCAUCAUAUUUACAACAAAGUAAUGUUGAACUUGGUCACAGACUUUUCCAUAUGAAAAAAAAUCAAGUAGAUAUACACUUAAGUAGAGAUUUUAAAAGUGAUUUUUGUGGAGAAGAAACUGAGCAAUGUAUUAAAAUUAACAUCUGCAUGUUUCUCAAAUGUAAAAUUAGGAGAAAGUACAAACAAAGCUAAUGUUUUACAUUUCUGCAGUACUCGACAGCAGUUAUAAGAAAUAUCCCCAGUCCACAAUGCUCCUUUACAAUAAAAGUUUAUGUCCUUCACUGUGCAGAAAAGUAAAAUCGUCAUUAUCUUACACACAUUUUUAAAAAAUUAAAUAGAGAUAUUACAAAUGAGGUUACACAGAGCCAAAGAUCUGAGGCAGAAAAUCUGAGACUAUUUUUUCUGUAGAAAAUUUCCCAAACCUUGUAUUUAUUUAUCCAUAGUUGCCUGGAUUGUUGUACUGUAAUCAUUCAUAUUAGAUGGGUUAAAUUCAGUAUAUGAUGUUCUAGUUACUGUAUUCUUCAAAGGAGACAAGCAUUGACAAACCCUAGCGUUCAGAGGAAUAGACUAAUAAAUGAAUGCACUGCUAAGCUUAUUUCUACUUCACAAAAUCCCUUGUUUAUCAGUCACAAGUACAAGUUGUCAAGACAAAUGUGUUAAGUUGCUUGUGACUACAGACUAAAAUACAUCCUUUAGUGUAAUAAAAUGUUCAAUGUCUUAUUGAAACUGAUUUUUUUUCUAAACUUAAAAUGGAACUAAUAAGUUAUCUGUGGUUGAAGCUGAAGGUACUACACUUGUAUCUUAGCAAAACAAAGUUAAACUGUUGAUAUAUGUUACAUCAGGUACAGCUUUCUUUAGGCAUUCAACUUUUUAAAAAGUGUUCUUUCAGGCAUUGUCAUUUUUUGUUAAAUACAAGGAAAGUAUACACUAUUCUCUUUACAUUAUUAGAAAUACAGCAAUAAAAUAAAUUUCCACAUAAAACUUUGAA